AUGGAAGCAGCGAAAACCAUCCUAGGAUGCUCCAGGCGCACAAGUAAUGCAGCCGUCAGGGCAGAAUUGGGGAUCCAAUCCCUACGGUCGGAAAGAGACGCGAGGAAGCUGACCUGGCAGUAUCGCAUGUGCGGGAUGGGAGAGGAGAGGUUGCCGAGGAUUGUAUGGGAGGCGAAGUGGGCAAACAAAAAUAUGGGUAGACAACCCACGGAAUGGGUCAAGGUUGUAGAGGACGUAUGGAAGGGGCUCGACAUCGACGAAGAUGAAACGCUGGAAACGGAGGGUCUACAGGGGUUCAAGGAAAAGAUAUCUGUUGCUUGUGCCAAGAGAGAACAUAAUCUGAGGAAAGAAACCAAGGAUAAGGAGGGUCUAAAAGUGUACGGAAUGUUGAAGGAAGGAAUAGGGUUCAAGGACUACCUACAUGGACCAAUGGAUGCAGGAACAAAGC